UUUAGCUGUGUCUCAGCUAGCAGCUACUAAGACAUAAAUUCUGUUUUUAAAUGUGAAUUCUGUGUAUAUAAUGCAUACAAUUCACCACUGUUCUUGUUCCCACGAAUAUCUGACAGAAGCCUGGAAGAAACAUUGGCUUUAUGCUUUGUUAGCGACUUUUGAUUCACUUUGUUAGAACUAGUCAUGUUAGCUAGCCGGCGCUGGCCCCCAAAAGUGAACGUGACAGUGUGACCUCAUACAGACAGCUAAGGACAUGAGUGUGGGGGUGUGGACAGUCAAGGGCCUGUCCUGUCCGAGAUCCAGGAGCCCAAGGUCCAAAGUUCAGAGAAGCGGAUGAGGAAAAGAGAGGACACAGAUCACAAGAGCCCUGAGUCACUUAAAAACACUCCAGCAGCUGUCUCUCAGUGGGAAACAUUGAUUGGAUCAGACCCUCUCAGCUUGAGGACUGCUCAAGGCUACAGGACUGAGAUUGUUUACCUCCAUCACAGAGAUUAAUCAGGAGCGUUCUGGUGCGGUGCAGUUGUAACCAUGACAACUACAGAGGCACCGAAUGGACUUCAUCACCGAAAUGUCAACACCCAUCAGACAGAGGAGAACUCCAAUCAUACAGUUGAGGCCCAUAAUUAUUUACAAGGAGAAGAUCUAAGGCAGUGGGAGAAACAUGCACAGAAGGUGAAGCUAAAAGUCCUGGAGCAGAUCCAGGAUCAGCUUAGUCAUAUCUUAGACAAAGCUCUGACUGAAUCUGUCCAGCCUUUUACACAAAUCCAGCCUCCAGUUAACGGAAAGACGACAAAAAAUCCUCAGUCCAGAUCUCAGAGAAUGGAUGACGGGAAAGUGUUUAUGGACAGGCCGUCACUGCUUGAUGAGCUCUUUGAGAUCAGCCACAUUAGGACCAUCUACCACAUGUUCAUUGCCGUCCUCCUCAUCUUCUGUCUGAGCACACUCGCCGUGGACUUCAUUGACCAGGGCAGGUUGGUCUUGGAGUUUGACCUGCUCUUCUUUGCCUUUGGGAAGCUGGGGACGGUGACCAUGGCGUGGUUCAUGAUGUUCGCCUACACCCUGUUUGUCCCAUACUGCACCCUGGUGCUGUGGGGGUCGUUAUACCACAGAGUCUCCUCAAAGCUCGGUCUGUCUCUCGGUGUAGGCCUGGUCCUGUGUGCAGCGCAGUCCUACGUACUUGGACAUUUUCCCAUCCAUGUGGUUGUACAAAACCAGCUGCCACCGGCCUCACGGUUCAUCGUGGUACUGGAACAGAUUCGAUUCCUGAUGAAGAGCUACUCGUUCAUAAGAGAAACGGCCCCUGUCAUUAUGAAGAAUCCACCAAAGGAAGGAGAAAGUCCCAAAUUGCCAACACUUUCCAGCUAUCUGUACUUCCUCUUUUGUCCAACGCUGAUCUACAGAGAAUCCUACCCUCGAAAUACUCACAUAAGAUGGAAGUAUGUUGGUGUCACACUUGGAAUGAUCUUGGGUUGUCUAUUUUAUGGCUACUUCAUCCUGGUGCGCCUAUGUAUUCCCGUCUUCAGACCUGCAAACAAUCAGCCUUUCAGUAAGAGGACAAUGGUUCUGGCUGUGUUCCACUCUAUAUUACCAGGUAUAAUGCUCCUGCUGUUGUGUUUCUUCGCCUUCUUGCACUGUUGGCUCAACCUCUUCGGGGAGCUGUUGCGUUUCGCUGACAGGAUGUUCUACAAGGACUGGUGGAAUUCCACGUCAUUUGCCAACUAUUAUCGUACCUGGAAUGUGGUUGUUCAUGACUGGCUCUUUUAUUAUGGAUACAGAGACUUCCUCUGGCUGUCGAAAAGGAAAUGCCGAACAGCUGCCAUGCUCUCCGUGUUCAUCGUCUCUGCUGUCGUCCACGAGUAUGCCUUAGCUAUGGGCUUCGGCUUCUUCUAUCCCGUCAUGUUCUGUCUCUUUGCCGUCUUUGGAGUGGUUUUCAACUUCACCAUGAACGACAAGCGGCAGAGCCCCGUCUUCAACAUCAUCAUGUGGGCGUGUCUCUUCCUGGGUCAGGGCGUCCAGGUGUGUCUGUACUGUCAGGAGUGGUACGCACAGAUACACUGCCCUCGAACUGGGAACAGCUUCCUGGAGUUGGUGACACCUCGAUCAUGGUCCUGCAGCUAUCAGGGAGGAAGCUGACUUUGUUCUGGUAUCUGGGAUCGAUGAUGAACAGACAGAGGAUUUAAAAUCCAGAUGGACCAGAGGGAAAGAAAGAGCUACUUGACAAACAUGUACAUAUAUUAGUUUUUCUGCUUUGUGUUAUUUAGCAGUGAUGUUGCUGAUUUAUAUCCUCUUUGAAUGUUUACUCGUCUCAGUAUUGGAUACUGUCUAAUUCAGGUGUAAAACUUGCCUGAAAGUGACUAUAUCUGACUUUUUAUUUACCAAGCGCUGAAGAAGACCAUAAGCUGUUUCCACAUAUGCACUCCUGAAAUUUUCUUGAAAAUCUCAGAAAGACUGCCUCUGAAAUCAUCAGGAUUUAGUUGAUCAGGCAUAUUGUCACAGUGAGAGUCUUUCCAUGUUGGACAUGGGGAGCAGGACAGCAUGUAAACUAAACUGUGAUGCUAUGUCAAUACACAUUAUGAGCAAAAGAGCAGAGAGCAUGCAUGGGAACAGAAAACAUAAUGAUGACAUUUCCUGAUUUGCAAGAAUUUUGAAAUUUCUUAAAAAUUUUCUUCUGCAUUCAAACAUCAACCUUACACAGAAAACUUCUUGCAGGAAAAAUCACAGAUAAUGACAUUAAAAAUUUAGCCAUUUGCAUUCAUAGAUGCACUGCACCACUCUGAUUUCAGAAAAUGUUCAGGAGUUUUGUACAUAUGUGAAAGAACUGAUACUGUAAAAACAAUCUGUUGCACAUGAAUCAAUAAGUAGCAUGUACAUAGAAAAGUCUCUGUAAAGUGCAAAGUGUUGAUAUAAGGUGUUUAAGGACUGAUUAAACAAGUCAUGAGAUUUGGGGAUGAUGGUAAGGGGAUUCUUGAUGGUUGGACUAAGCCAUGCUAGCCCCUCUCCAACCCUGCCCCACAAUACACCAUCUUUAUUCUAAGGCUCAUCUCUUCUUAGCUUGUAUGCAAAAAACGUUAGGGGAGAAUAGAGAUGAGGAUAGGCAUAAUGUCCUUUGUGCUAUAUCGCAGGUACUUUUUGACCCUUUUUAGGGAUG